AUGGUAGCAGCAGGCUUGGGUGACGUACCGGCCGCAACCGGGGACGAUGAAGAUCCUAGGCCAAAGCGAAGGCGAUUGAGGCGAGUGUGUCGGAAGAACACCGACAGCGAAGGGGAGGAAGACGAGUGUCCCCCGGCGGAGUAUACCGUCACCAGGAUCAUGGGACGGCGAGGGCAAGGCCCGUCCCAAGAGUAUUUAGUCCAGUGGGAGGACCGGUCGUCAGAGUGGAUGGCUCCCGCCGAGCUGAAAAACUGGUCUGAGCUAAUGGAGGCAUACGACCGGUAUGUGAAGAAGCAUCCAGACCGCAGGACGUCUUAUGCCGAAUUUGUCGCUAGGGAUCUCCCAAGUAUCCAGGUCAUGGCUGAUAGCCCAAAGGACGACUGUGCUCUCCACGCGAUCCAAAUGGCGUUUGAGCUUAUGGGAGGGUUUGACAGAGUGGUCAUGGAGUUGGGACGAUUGUCGGAGAAAUUUCUUCAGCGGAUGGUCAUCAGCGAUAGUGGACGGCGAGGGGAGCUAAAGUACACGCAACUCGUGCUGUACCUCUGGGAGGAAGUCCCCCGCACGGAAUGGUGCGUGUGCAAGUAUGCCUUCAAAAAGAACUGGUAUACGGGUGUAGGAACCGGACCACUGGGUGUCGCGCAGCUGGCGUGGCGGGCGAAGAACCCACUUGAAGACGGAGCGUAUCUUAUAUACGCCCUCAAGGCCUCCCGACGAGGAAAUUGCAUCGAAAUGCAGAAGAUCGGGGACGCCAAGGUCGUGCGUGAAGACGGCGCCACACACGGCAUCAUGACUUAG